CAAGUCAUUUACUCCCGUCAAACUCAAACCAACCAUCACUGUUUCUAGUCAAAAUCUCCUUCUCCCAGACAAUAUCAUUUCCCUCUUUCCCUUUGAAACGGCCUUUUUUUCAUUCCGCCCACCAACUGUUUGAUGAAAUAACACCCUCCACCAACCCCUUUUUUUACCCCUUUAUUUUGCUUUCAAACUUCACUUACCUGACUCACGGUUAACCCCUCUUCCAACUCUCCACCUUGCUUUCAGUGGUAUCUUCGUUACUUCCAUUUUGAUUUCCCUUCUGCUUUUCUUGUACUUGGAUGCGGCCAUUGCUAUGGAAAGUGAAUCGUUGGGAUUGCUUAAAGUGCUUGUGAUUCAAGGGAAGAAACUAGUGAUUCGUGAUUUCAAGAGCAGUGAUCCUUAUGUUGUUGUCAAGUUGGGCAAUCAGACAGCAAAGACUAAAGUUAUCAAUAGCUGCCUUAAUCCUGUGUGGAAUGAAGAGCUAAGCUUCUCCCUCACCCACCCUGUUCAAGAUCUGACAUUUGAAGUGUUUGACAAAGAUCGGUUCAAGUCAGAUGACAAGAUGGGACAUGCCAAGCUGAGUCUUAAGCCGAUAGUUUCGGCUGCUAGGUUGAGAAGGGCUCUUGGAGUUUCGUUAGGGGCAACAAUGUUAAGAAAAGUUAUUCCAGACACUGAUAACUGCUUAGCCAGGGACAGCAGCAUUAGUUGUAUGGAGGAAGGGGGUGUAACACAAAGUGUUUGGUUGAAGCUCCGUGAUGUAGAAUCUGGUGAAAUAGAGCUAAAGAUCAAGUUCAUUGACCAACCCGGUCUGCCAUCUCGAUAAAGAUUAAGGGAAGUUUUAGGCCUUGAACCUUGAAUAAGCCUGUUUGCAGCCUACCGUUACAAGUGAUUACUAGUAGAAUGAGGCAGGUUUUAGUGUCUGAAGCUAAAGUAGAAGGUUGUGUUUGUGUUUGGUUGGUGGUUUUUUCUUGAUGGGAAUGAACGGUAGAGGAAUUGGAAUGGAAAGUUCAUUCUUGUACUUGGAUAAUAUUUUUAGUCGUGGAAUGAUUCUCUCUGAGAGUUCGAAGUAUGAAAAUUCGGUAGCACUAGAGAGAAAAAUGAUGUUGCUAAGAGAAAUUUAGGACCAAAAUAAGAGAAUAUGACUUGAUGUUUAAACUUCAAAAAGCUUGCAGAUCUUGUUUGGAUGCAUUUUAAUUCUAAGUAGAGUUGGCGGGUGCCUUGAAAGACAACCCACUUUCACGACUUUGUUCAUGAAACCAUCAACAAUAGUUUACAUGAAAUUAUAGUAUUGUCUUGAAUA